GGCCGCCGUGCCGUCGUGCUGCGGCUUUCUCCUCCCCAUCUCUCUCCCCUGUGCUUGGCCGCCAUCUUGAAUUUUCAUGUUAAUUUCUGACUGAGAAAAAAAAAAGAAAAAAAGAAAAGUGUUUCCUGUGAUAUAUUUUUCGUUUAAGAGGUUGUCGUGCCAAAAAAAAAAAAAAAAAAAUUGGAUUACUUUUCAAAGGGAGUGGCUGUUUUUUCUUGAACCACCCAAUUUCAAACACUAGACCCCAGUCUUCCCCACUCAAGAGUGUUUCUUCAUCUCGGAGACUAAAUGCAACUGGACCAGGGGGCUUGUGGGCAUGAAGUGGCUGGGCGAAUCCAAGAACAUGGUAUUAAAUGGCAGGCGACACGGAAACAAGUUGACCAGCGAGCAUCCUGUGAGCCAGAGCCAGACUCGCUCCCAGCAUUCACAGCGGACGUCACUACGGCACAACAAAGCCCACCCCAGAAACCGAAGAUGUAGCCGCAGGUUUAAUGCAGCCAGCCUGGAGGCAGAGAGGCGCUAUGUGCCCUCCUCAGGAAUGACUGCCAAGGAGCUGUGUGAGAACGAUGAUCUGACCACGAGCCUCAUCCUGGACCCAUACCUGGGCUUUCAAACUCACAAAAUGAACACCAGAUUUCGACCAAUCAAGGGAAGGCAAGAGGAGCUGAAGGAGAUCAUUGAGCGCUUCAAGAAACACGACAACUUGGAGAAAGCUUUCAGAGCUCUAACGUCGGGGGACUCUUCCCGAAAUCUCUUCGUCCACAAGACGAAAUCUCAAGAAAAGCUCUUCAAGCAGCAUGUAUUCGUGUAUCUGCGAAUGUUUGCCACUGACAGCGGCUUUGAGAUUCUUCCUUGUAAUCGUUAUUCGUCGGAGCAAAACGGAGCUAAAAUUGUGGCAACGAAGGAAUGGAAAAGGAACGACAAGAUCGAGUACUUAGUCGGGUGCAUCGCUGAGCUGUCGGAGAGCGAGGAGAACAUGUUGCUGCGACACGGGGAGAACGACUUCAGCGUCAUGUAUUCAACCCGCAAGAACUGUGCGCAGCUGUGGCUGGGGCCGGCUGCGUUCAUCAAUCAUGAUUGUCGACCAAACUGCAAGUUUGUGUCGACGGGGCGGGACACGGCCUGCGUGAAGGUUUUGAGGGACAUUGAACCGGGAGAGGAAAUCUCAUGUUACUAUGGAGAUGGAUUUUUUGGGGAAAACAAUGAAUUUUGUGAAUGCUAUACAUGCGAGCGACGAGGUACUGGUGCUUUCAAAUCCAAAGCUGGACUGCCAGUGGAAGUGCCGGUGAUCAACAGCAAGUAUGGUUUACGGGAGACGGACAAGCGUCUGAACAGGCUGAAGAAGUUAGGGGAAGGAAACAGGAGCUCAGAUAGUCACUCUGUAGGCUCCCACACCGACGUAGACUCUCAGGAAAUGCCAAAAACACAUCAAUCUGCCAGAAAAAGAACAUCAUCAUCAUCUGGCCUGAAGUAUAAAAACAGGACUCAAACCAGACAGACUUUGUCGAGAGCCCUUACUACCUCAUGUUCAAAACAAGGUCGUGUAAACAAUAACAGGGUACCAAAGAGACUAAAAUCCCAAUCCAAGCCUUCACUAAGUAAAGUCCAGUUGCGGAGUCGCAGGCGGGGUGCGGAGCCCAAGGCGUUGGCCAAAGGUGAGACUUGCCAGCUGGGUCUCAGGGACUCAAAGGUGUCGCUGUGUAAAGGUGUCACCGUCAAGAAGGAGAAAGAUGGACAGGAGCUGGUGCAGCAGACACUAGGCCAGCGGGGCUGCCUGACGCGUCACGCUGCCAAGGAAAACGGAAAUCUACCGGCUGUGCAGAGCAGCGAUGGCGGUCAGGCUUCAACGUACAGAACUCGCAGGUCCACAAGGACCCUGGUUAAAGCCCAGGAAACGGCAGCUGGCGUUAAGCUGGAGCCCAGCGCUAUGGACGGCUUGAGCCCGGUCCCUGGCGGAGUGGUCAUCAAAACGGAGCCUGCCGACAUGGAGGAGUAUCUCCGCCACGGGAUGGGCCUGGAGCAGCCGGCAUUAGACGCCGGCUACUCCAGAAGAAGCUCGUGUCCCAGACGGAAACGGCUGACACGGCUCAGGACUGAGCGGACAAUUAAGUGCGAGGACUCAUACGGUGAGCCGUUCAUGCCGGUGGCCGCUGGCCACACGAAUAACUUCUCAGACUGUGGUAACAUGCUGUUGAGCUUCUCCGACCGGCACAGGGACUAUAACGGGGUCGCGAACGGCAGCAAGUCCCUCCGCAGGGACAAGGGUAAGAGUAGCUGCCGGUCACAGGACAAGGGGAAGAAGAAGCGCCGGAUCACGCGCUACGACGCUCAGCUGAUCCUGGAGAACAACACGGGCAUCCCCAAACUGACGCUCCGCCGGCGGAGGGACAGCAGCAGUAGCAAGACCAAUGACCCCAGCGACGCCAUUGGCUCCUCCAACCUUUCUGCCUCUACGGUCAACUCGGCCUCUUCCAGCAAGAUUAGCAUCAAGUUCAGCAAGGACCACGAUAAGGACAAAGGCAGCUCGUACAUAGCCAAACUGAAUAACGGCUUUCCGCCCGUGGUCCACAGUAACUCCACCAAGCUGAAGAUCCAGCUGAAGAGGGAGGACGAUGCAAGGAGAAUAUCCCAGACUAAAGCGGACCAGAUGUCCUAUAACGGGGACAUGGGCCAGAGUCUGGAGGCCAGGAACGGCGGACAUCGGACCCAAAAGGUUAUGGCCGAUCCUUCGUCUGACGAGGACAAUGACGAGGAAGAGGAGGAUGAUGACGACGAUGACUACUUCGACAAUGAGUUUGAAGACGAUUUCAUUCCACUUCCUCCGGCUAAGCGCCUCAGACUCAUUGUGGGUAAAGACUCCAUAGACAUCGACAUCUCCUCCAGCUCCCGGAGGCGAGAGGAUCAGUCUCUGAGGCUCAAUGCAUAAGCUGUGGAGCUCAUCAACUCCCACUUCUUCUUUUUCCUUGUAAAUAAAGAUGACUCGCUAAUCAACUGUUGUGUUGAUGUAAAAGAAGUACAGUAAUUUAAAAAGAAAAAACAUGAAAAAAUUGCUGAGAAAUUUUAAGAAUC